CCAUCACUGAGAUCCUCACGAAGACGACGACAACGAGCUUGUCCAGCAAUUUGCCAACAUGCGCUUUCCACCUUCGAUGACUGUGAACCCCUCUGCGUCGCGGGAGGACAUCCUCAUCUCGAUGCGAAGAGAGCUAGGCUUCGAUGCUGAGCUGGGCACAGAUGUAAGCCAUUCACCAUCUUCACUCCUCUCACAUUCUGGUAUAUGCAGGCCGUCUUGUUGCUGCUUCAAUUCAAUUCAUUCGCAUCUCUUUCAACGCGUAUCACGGAUGCUCUGACCUCCUACUGACCCACCGCCGUCGUGGCUGCUACCUUCUGCUCGCUCGAUCGCAGGGAGCUCAAGUACUCAAGAAGCUCUGGCCAUCAAUGCGGGACCGUCAUCUCACCCUCCUCCCUGAGCCGUUAUAUCCCGGCGUGAAUCCUGCUCGGACACCACAAGAUGUUGGCAUUCUCCCUUCGGACGGCGAGCAGUUCUCCAUCCAAGACAGGAUUGCUCGAGAACGUCUCGAAGCUAGCAAGCGGUCCAUCGAGAUCUACAAGGGUACCAUGCGCGCUCAGAAGCGAACUAAAGCAGUGGAGGCGAAGGAGAGCUGGCGUCCUGCUGAGCAGAUCCUGCUAGAAGAAGCUCGGCGCAUUUUCGUCCCCUCUCUGUCUCAUUUCGAUGAGCCGGCGGCGAUCUCGCGCAGGAGUCUUCUCGCUACACAAAAGCGCAAGAACGAGCGACAGCCACAAGUACCGCUCAUCAAAGAGCUCGUGGCCCUACGACCUGGUCCACUCAGCCUUCCAUUUCCUGCGGACGAGGACGUCAAAGAAGAGCAGGUGAAGACGUUUGACGAGCUUUUCUCUCUCGAUCUCAAAAUUCCCACCGAGCAUGUGUUGGUCGUCAAGAAUCUCAUGGCUCAAGCGCGCUCCGCCUCUCGAUGGCGACCCGUAGCUGGUGAGCCCCUACUUGAUCUAGAGCUACCGCAGGAGCAUUCGAGCGGAGAGGACACACUCGCGACGCCUCUCAGCCCGCCGCUCAUCCCAAGGUCUCGCAACAAAGGCAACGCAGCCUCUCGCGACGUUCACAACGUCCCCGGCCUUCUGUCGGACGUGCUCAGCGAAGCGUUCAGUCAGCAUCUUCAGCUCGAAGCGCCUCGCCAGAAUCUCCCCCCUCCCCUCCCAGUCGGUGGCCGUGGAAGCCUUGAUGAGAGCCAUUCCUUCCUCGAUCUGAAGCUCGAGGGUCCGUCGACCGGGACGAGUGGUCAGUAUGAGGCACUUCCAGCGCGCACCUACCCUCCAGUGCGCAUCCAGUCGGAUCUCUUUGACGCUUCUGAAGAUCGACCCCUCACGCGCAUUCAUCGCAGCACGACGUCCACCUCUGACUCGACUGCUGACCUCAUCUCUUCGCUCACCGACUCCGAGCCUCGUGCUCCCCUCAAUCUGGACGACUCUACUCUCCCCAAGCUCUCCGUCGGCUGGGGCUCGGCAAGCAAGACCAAGAGCGGCUGCCUAGAUUUAGAAGAGAAGCUCGAGACCAUGGGCAACAUCUUGCGCUUUGAGGUGCCGAGGCUUUCCGUCAGUCCUCCAAAGCCAGCUCGUCACGAUCAGCGGGGUUCCUUGUUGCCCACCGAUCUUUCGCUGACUCACCUAGUGGGCUCAUCACGUGUCACCUCGCAAAGUUGCCCACUUCAGCCUCUUCCUGGUCUGCGCUCGCUCAACAUCGACCUCGGGGAGCGAUGGUGGCGCGGGCCGAGGACUGGGCCGCACUCCAAUGGAGGGCCUUGGCCCUUUGGCGAGCAGCGGGAGCUGCUGGGUAGUUCCGAAGCGGCCGAAAGGAUGAUCGAGGACAUCAACAACAAGAUUGAGCACCAGCGUCACACAACGCAAGCCAACUUUGUAUUGCCGCGUCGACCUGCCACUCCCAUCGGCCUAGUCGAGGACGAAGAGCCGCUGAAGAAGCGAGUGUCAGAGUACGAGGACAAUGAAGCUCCUCGUUGGGCAACAACUCCUGGUCAGCCUGACGAGAGCUCCCUUGAAGCCAAAGCACAAUUGCCUGCAGAGAAUGAGUCGCAAGACGAAUUGAGGACGCCAUCGCCCGUAGUGGAGGCAAAAGAAGAGGAAGGGAGUGACAUCUUCGACUGGCAGCAGUGGGAGGAUGAUGCGGUGGCUUCGCAGUUGAUCGCAGUAGCUGCUGUAGAAAGGGAAAUGUCCAAGACAAUCUCACGUGAAGAUGCUCCUCACCGGCCUGUCUCCACCUUGGCGGAGCUUCCUCCGAAAGACCAUGAGAGGAGGGAGGAUCACCCAGCAGCCUUUCCCAUCUUCUUUGGGCAGCAAGUAGAGCAAGGCGGCCCUUCAUCCAUUGAUCCGGAGGCUACCACCCUGCGCCAGGCACAAACUCAAUCGACAGCAGGACAAGCAGUAGCAACCUCACGAGCAGCUCUUGACAUGACAUCAGGGCAUCGAUGGCCAUCAACAACUCGUCGCUGGUCCCCUUGUAGUACAGCCGCACAACCCAUUGAGAAGGGCCCGGCGUCACGACCUACUAUCCUCGAAGUCCUCGAGGAAGCCGCAGAGCCAUCUUCGCAACCGGCCGAUGCCGGUGAAGAGGCUCAUGGCCAGAGCGAACACGGAAAGAAUCUGACGAUGCCGCAAAGGAGGGCACGUGAACGAAACGACGAUGCACUUGAGCAGGCGAUUAAGCGGGCGAAACUGAACUCAUCGGCAUCAGUGGCCAUGCUGAGUAUUCCACCAAAAACAGCAACGACGAAGGCGACUGUCGCAUCGCUGGAUCCAAUGGACAUCUUCAUGCGCGCUAAAGGGAUACCCAGAGCCUCGCCUGACGACGAAGUCGACACAGAGGGCAGCACAACUUUCAUAGCCGCAGCCGCAAAGAAGCGCCAGCGUCCAAGCCCGACUUCACACGCUUCUGGCUCGAUUCAAUCACCAUCCCCUGUCCACCAACAUGAAGAUGAGCUCAUCUUCCAGCCUCCCAAUCUCGAUGCGCCCCUUCCAUCCGCCCAAUAUUUCGUUACUCUUCGCGGGCUCCAACACCAUUCGGUCCUCUCCGCCCUUCAGGACUCGAGGCUAAGCGUCCAGCUCGUAGAGCAGGACUGUCCAGCAGGGCAGGAAGAGUCUCUCCUUCCUCAUCUCAUCCUUCCCGCCAGCAUGCAUAGAGCGAGCAAGGGAUUUGUCCUCCUCUUCAAGCUCACGCUCCUCCCUUCUGCCAUGCGAGACUCUGGGCCGCCCAUUCCGCCGUACCUCGACCUGCGCUGUACCUUAGAAUCGCUUCUUCCCCGCCAUUACCAAUCAGGGCUGAUCCUCCUCGAAGGUUGGAACAGUGAUUCAGGAAACCCUCUUCCCGCUUCUCUGCUUGCGACAGAGAAAGACUUUGGGACGCCGACGCCGAUCAGCAAGGCGAGGGGGGCGCUUGAUGAUUGGUUGAGGCAGAAGGGAUGGACAGAGUUGGUGCAGGUGAAGGUGGCGAGGAGUCCAGUGGAGGCGGCGUGGGGGAUCAGGGGGUGGGAUGAUGGGAGGCAGUGGGGAUGAGACGAAUGCAUCGAGUCCAAUGUGU